AUGGCGACGGUGCAAAAGAUGGAAGAGCCUGUGCGGAUGGACGUCCAUCGCGGGGGCAUCAGUGUGCAGCACUUGCGUGAAUUGGCCCAGCGAACAGAAACACGCAAGGAAGACCGUCGAAUGGCGGUGAUUCGUAAGGCUCGUGACGAUAUUGGGCGCAAAUACCAUAUCGAAUCCAUCAUUGGCGAAGGUGGCUACGGCGUGGUGUUUUCUGCCCUGCAUCGAACGUCGGGCGUACGUGUGGCGAUCAAGCGUGUCGCGCCGUUUGAGCACCAGCUGCUCGCCAUUCGUACGCUUCGUGAACUACGCCUUCUCCGUUUCUUCCACGAGCAUAGUGCGUGCGAGAACAUCAUUAAGCUUUUGGACGUUGUGAUCCCCGGCGACCGAUUCAGCUACCAAGAUGUGUACUUGGUCCAAGAAAUGAUGGAUACCGAUUUGUACCGCGUGCUUCGUACACAGGCACUAAGCUAUGACCAUGCUCAAUACUUUACCUAUCAAAUUCUGCGGGGCUUGAAACCCAUCCAUGCCGCCGGCGUGCUGCAUCGCGAUAUCAAGCCAAGCAAUCUGUUGGUCAACGCCAACUGCGACUUGAAAAUUUGCGAUUUCGGGCUAGCGCGCGAUAUUGGGCGUCCAGGUACACAGGUUCGGGAUAUGCAACUUACAGAGUACGUCGCAACGCGCUGGUACCGUGCGCCGGAAAUCAUGCUGUCCAGCAAGUCGUAUACGAAGGCUGUGGAUAUUUGGUCGGUGGGAUGUACGUUGUAUGAAAUGCUAUGUGGCGAGCCUUUGUUCCCUGGCAAGGACUACCAUCAUCAAAUGUCACUGAUUCUGGACGUGCUGGGCACAUCGUCUGUCGAGGCCAUUGCGUCCCAGUGCUCACAGCGCGCAUUGGACUACGUCCGCGCUUUGCCAUGGCGCGCGUCCAAGCCAUGGUACACGCUUCUUCCAGAGAUCCGACCAGAAGCUUUGGAUUUCCUUACGCGCACAGUGGCUAUGGACCCCCAGGCACGAAUGACAGUGGAGGAAUGCUUAGAGCACCCGUUUGUCGCGCCCUACCACGACCCAGGUGAUGAGCCCUCCGCACCCACGCUCGAUCCGACGACGUUCCUUUUCCAAGCGCCCAAAGCGGCGACCAUUGAUGUGCAUCGUCAGGCCCUGUGGGAAGACGGGCAGCGGUAUGCGUUACGAUCAUCGCGCGCCUAG